AUGCUUGCGCUAUUGUUGGUGAUCAUUCCAGUAUCGGCAUUUCUUUUUCCGACUUCAAACUUGGACUGUAACUGUCCAAAUAGCGCACCAGUAAAAUGUCCAUCACCACCUCCAUGCAGCACUUCCGGGACCCAACAGACUGCUGAUACCAAAGAAGUCUCAGAAGUCGAUGAAUCAUCAAAAAAUGAUAACCAGUCUGGAAUUGUAACUGUUAUGGACAAAGAUUCAACUUUAUCAACGAUUAAAGAGGAUGAUGAUACAGAUCUAUUAGAUGGCAGUAGUCGUUCACUUAAGCGUGUGCCACGAUCAGAUGAUUCUGUAACGCCACCAAACGAAGCAUCAAAUGCUACAUCUAAAAGUGAUAAAUCUGCUAACGACGAUAUUGAACCACUAAAAUGCAAUAGUCGAUCACUGAAAAAGCUGAUGCUUGAGAAUAUUAAUCAUUCAACUUCGGAAUCAAAGCGACAAAUCAAUAAGAAAGCUGAAGAACAGUUUGGCGGAAAUGUUGAUGUGAUCUGUUCAAAGGGUCAUUUCUCCUACAUUUACAGUUCAGAUUUGUACUGUGAAGCAGCAAAAGACGACGUAACGUGCAUUGCAUAUCGACAAGCCUAA